UUGAUACUAACGUUUGUCAAAGGUGGAGUAUGUCUUCGGACUGGAGCACUUGUGCUGGUCGCGGUGGGAGACGUCUCCGCGAGGGUCGCGGGGAAAAUGGGUGGCUACUCAAAUAAAAUGGGAGGUAAGUCAACCAGUGGAAUAAAUGAAGAAAUAAUCUGGAUAAGUAUCAGCAUGGCGAUUGCGAUCGCCGUACUUAUAGCCAUUGCACUCUGCUACAUCUUGAAAGAAAAAUCGGACUCCCUUUCGGAAUUAGAAUUCCCCGCCUACACUCUCUACCCUCAGUAUUCCCCCGAUGGAACAGAAUACUUUUACAACUUUCACCGCUUCACCUACCUGAGAGACAGUUUUAAAUUACCACCAAAAGACUAUCCUUCGUGUGGAAAAGAUGAGAUUUACAUUAACGCGUGA